AUGGAAAAACUUGGGUCAGCUGAUAUCAGGCUAGGAGAGAGAGAGUCACAGAGAUGUGUUGUUGCUAGCAGGAAUGCCCAAAGUUGGGGUAUUGAUCAACUAAUAGUGAGUAGAGGAAUACUUGACUCUGGUUUAUGCAGUUUACCAAGCAAAAAUAUUCUCUGGAAAACUGUUGGUCUAUCUCCAGACUCUCAAAGAAGACACAAUGAAGAUUGUUGGAAAGGAACCAGAAGUUUCGACAAUUGCAAUAAAAAGAGACUUUUAAGUUUUUGUUAUUGGUGGCAUUUCUAUCCUAAUGAUGGCAUUCAGGCAUUAGACAAUAAAUACAGGGAAAUUAUGAAAGAAUUGGAAACUUCAGAAGAACCUGAACUUGUGACAAGUCUCUAAAUUUCUUGGAAAUUAAAAUCUACCAUAACCUAAAAAGACUUUUUGUAUUGAAACAUGGAAAAAAUAACAUUUGAACCUUUGGUU